UAACUUCUCAAACUGCCCUGACAGGUCAUGUAAGGACAUUUUGGCAGACAGCCGGGUGGGGAAACGAAUGAGUUAAGGGCCCGCUUUAAACUGUGUUUAAUGCCACUUUUUUUCCUGAACAGCGCAUAACUAAAUCCGCCUCGUAAAGAGUUUAAUGUAGUAAUAUUGUCCAUUUUGCUAAGUUUUCGAAAUUGUUAGAGCACCGAGAGUCGCCGAGGAAUGACGUCAGGACGCAUCACAUUGAAUGAUGACGCCGUUUGAUCAUUAAAAAAAAAAAAUCAGCCGUUAAAAAAUAUCAGAGAAUUAGGUCAGCAAACUAACACAGUGCCACGUUAUGAAUGUAACUACCGUGUUUCUGAUUGUGUAACUUUUACAAAAGCGCGACCUGAGCGUAAAAUAACCUGCUCCGACGAGGAGAGAGAUGUCCGGUGUUUCCAGCAUCUGCAGACGGGGGCCGUAGACCGGUAGGUCUGUCUGUCUGCCUCCCUCCGCUGGGUUUGGGAGACCCGCAAGCCCAAAUAACGUUAACGCUACUGUAGUCCCGGACAGGCUGGGACUGAAUGGUUAGCCGGGGGAAGGAGAGACACCGACCGAUACCACCAGACUCUGCUCUGCAGAGACCCAGGAAAUUACUUCUCGCCUCGUCUCGACAGCCUGGUAGCAACACUGUGCACAUUUCAGUAGUUCCAAAACACAUAAUUCAAGGACUCUAGCAUGUGAACACAACCACCUAAGACAUGUGAGCCUCGACACUUCUGUCCCAGAUCUUCUUUACCCUGAGGAGAAGUAAACAGAGUUUGGUUUGACAAUGUCGAGCCGCCGGAAAUCGACCACACCUUGCAUGGUGCUGCCCUCUGAUGUGGUGGAGCAGGAAGAGGUGGAGGAGAAAACAGAAAGGACAAAGGAGGAAGAGGCGGGGGAGGAGGAGGGGAAGGUAAAGGAGGGAGCAGAGGAGGGCCCGACUGCAGAGGAGCUGAAUCAAGCAGUGGUGGUUGUCCCCACCCCUCCAGAGACAGAUGAGCCCAGUGUCUCUACUGUAGACGACAGCGAAGUCCUCAGUCCCUCACUGAAGCGCAGCGCUACAAACCCUCCUGAGGAUCCAGCCAGCGACCAGCCGACCCAGGAACAACAGUGUGAUACACCCGAGGAGGGAGGAGCAGACCCUGCCGCGGCUGCUGCCAUCUCUCUCAGCAAGACCCCCAUCAUGAGGAUGAAGACCAAAUCUGAACCCAAGAGGAUCGCCGUGUCCCUGAAAUCAGCAGACGAGGCGGUGGAGGGUUUUGGAGGGGGCGGCGAGGGAGAGUUGGGCGGAGAGCAGGAGCCCAUCGAAGCUCCUCUGGGGCCGAUGACACCUGUGGAGAUGCUGCUGCACGACUCCAUGAAGCUCGGGGGAGGCGGCUUGCUGGUCAGCCCGCCCUCAGAGCAGCAGAGGAAAUCUUCCACUUUAAACCCCACAGUUCUACCUGCUGGCCUGGCACAGGUGCUUUCUGCUUUCCAGGCCCAGCAGAGUGCAGCAGCUCAGUCUCAGCUACUGAUUCCCCUCAGCAGCAUCCCCUCCUACAGUGCAGCUAUGGACACCAACCCCCUGCUGGGCAGCACAUACAAGAAGUUUCCUUACCCCUCCAUGGCUGAGAUCAGCAGCCUGGCAGCCCAGACACAGUUCACAGAGGAGCAGAUCAAGGUGUGGUUCUCAGCCCAGCGGCUGAAACACGGUGUAAGCUGGACUCCAGAAGAAGUAGAGGAGGCCAGGAGGAAACAGUUUAAUGGCACAGUGCACACAGUGCCUCAGACCAUCACUGUCAUACCUGCUCACCAACUCUCAGCAGCUGCCAACGGCCUGCAGUCCAUUCUUCAGACCUGCCAGAUAGUGGGGCAACCCGGCUUGGUGUUCACACAGGUCGGCCCAGGGGGGAACCUUCCAGUGACCAGUCCAAUCACUCUGACAGUGGCAGGGCUGCCCAGCCAGUCUCAGAGCUCCAGCAGAGUUUCCUGCCUGCCCACCCCAACAAACAGUGAGCUGAAACGGGCUACCACUGUCCAGCCUCCCUCUCUUUCUCCACAGGAGAACUCGGCCCUCAGCGCUGACACAUUCAGUUUGCGGCCUAAGAAGUCCAAAGAGCAGCUGGCAGAGCUGAAAGCCAGCUACCUGAAAAACCACUUUGUCACUGAUGCAGAAAUCGCCCGGCUAAUGAAGCUCACCAACCUGACAAAGGGAGAGAUCAAGAAAUGGUUCAGUGACACCAGGUACAACCAGCGCAACUCCAAGAACAGCCAUGUCAUUGUUUUCCAUGACGGAGGGGGCAGAGGAAGUGGCGGCUGUGGUAGCAGUGCUAGCACCACCAUUGUUAUUGACUCAAGCGAUGAGACCCCCACAUCCCCCCAUCCUCCACGCACCCCUCCUGUGAAGGAGAAGGAGACUCGGCCCAAAACAUGGAAUCCAUUCCCAGAUUUUACCCUGCAGAAGUUUAAGGAGAAGACUCCGGAGCAGCUGGUGGUGCUGGAGGAAAGUUUUGAGAAAAGCAGCACCCCAUCAGAUGAAGAACUGAGUCGCCUGAGGACAGAGACUAAACUGACGCGGAGGGAGAUUGAUGCCUGGUUCACAGAGAGACGAAAAAUGCCAUCUGUCAGUACUUCCUCCCCGGAUUCUUCAGACGGAGGAAAGAUGGAGACAAACGGAGCAAAAGCAGGAGAAGGAGCAACGGGAGGCAGCUCUUCUUCUCUUUCUGCCUCCUCAUCUCGUAAAGGAAGUCAAACUCCUCCCGGCGGUCGCAGUAAGCAGUUCCCCACCAGCAGCAGCAGCAACAAAGACACGAAAGAUAGGAGUAAAAAGACUCCGGAGCAGCUCCAUAUUCUGAAAAGUGCCUUCGUGCGGACCCAGUGGCCCACACCAGAGGAGUACGACCAGCUGGCAGAAGAGAGCGGCCUCCCUCGGUCCUACAUCGUCAGCUGGUUCGGGGACUCUCGGUACUCGUGGAAGAACAGUAACCUGAAAUGGUUCUUCCAGUACCAAAGCGGCAACGUCGAAGGGCCAAAUGGCGGAGGAAGCAAUAAAAUGGGAAGCAGCAGCAGCACCGGUCGAAAAAGACGUGUCCGAAAUCGUGGUUGGGGGCGGUCCCGUACCAGAAAGCAGCCAAGAAGGUCGGCCUCUUUCAGUGCAGAUGUCGACAGAUCCCCCCCGUCAAAGAAAUUCAAGAGUGGGAGGGAGAUUCUGAAGGAGUACUACCUGAAGCACCAUUUUCUCAAUGAGCAGGACCUUGAUGAGCUUGUCACCAAGACCAACAUGAGCUAUGAACAGGUGAGGGAGUGGUUCGCCGAGGUCCAGCGACGCUUGGACACGGGGGCAGAUCCCUUCCUGGAGCCGGCUGUAGGAAGGACAGAUGGAGACAGAGGAGGGGGGGAGGAGACGCAGGGAGAGCCCUCGACGGCCACCGAGGAGCAGACCGACACAGGGAUGGGAGACGAGGAUGAUGAUGAAGGAGACGAGGAGGAUGACGGUGAUGACACGGACGACAGUGAGGUUUGGGAGCCGUCACGUAGCGUCAGGAAAUCCUUGUCAGUUUCUGAAGACUAAUGAUUGUGGGAAGCGCGGUGAAACGUUACAGAAUGUGGUAUGAUCAAUGCUGGAAGACAGUCAGCUAAACCAAGUCUUGAUUUGCAUGUGUACUCCUUUGCAAAAUGAAUUCACUGUUUUUUCAAACUGUUUCUAAAUCACGUCUACAUGAGACUAACAGAUGGACUAUUAGCUUUAGCUCACUACUACUUAUCUUAUAUACUGUAAGUAAUGUGUAACAGCUUAGGCAAGAAUCACAGUAAAGGAGUUGUUAGCAAACCCUACGAAUCUUAAGUGGCACACCAAACUUUGAUAAAGCUUAAAAAACAGCAGUUACACUAUUUCAUCAAAAGGAAUACCAUGAAGGGCAAUCUUCAAGCUGAAGAUGAAAACUGUUGUGAUGAAAUAGUUACCCAAAAAGAUGGUGUGUCCCGACACAUCCAUACAUCCUUCUUUAGAAGCAACUGAUGAAUACCGACUGUUGUAAAUGAGAGAUUUUAGGAGGAAUUGACAGUUUUAAUGUCCACCCUGCCCCUUGUUAAAUUUGCACUCCUUGCUUGCAACACAUUUAUGCUGCAUUUCCUUGAGAAGGAGUGUUUGUUAUGCUGUUAUGAGCACAGGCCUAAUUUCAAAUUUCUAUCUCCAAUGUUAUGAAUGUUUCACCCAUGGUCCCAAACCAACAGCGCACACAGAAGAAAAGUUGUGUUUACAAAGGUGCUUAAAAACAUAUCACAGCUAGAUGUCACUCCUGAGAAAUGUCCCCAACGAAACUAGAAUACAUCUAUUUGUGGAGCUGGUUUAUUUUAGCUGUUACAGUAUCUUUUUUUUUUCUAGCACCUGUGAAGAUCAUCGCAAGGACCAGAUAUGAAUCAGCAGGUUGUUUGAGCUGACAUGGACUGAUAAUGACACUGAAAGUCAGGCAUUUUAUCUCUCAGGGAUAAACGCCUAAAACGAAAUGAGAGAAAGUACCUUAAUGCUGAAUGAAUGCCAUGCUUUUAAACAUCACAGGAUGUCUACUCAAGUCUUCCCUUUAUAGUGGCUUGUAGUUUCAUGAUUAUUAGUAGUAUUAUAGAUUUUUAACUGAACACCUACAGAUCUGAUGGAAAAAUGCCACAGUAUGCGUUUAAUAUGCACUGCUAUUAAUGUUUUUAAACUAACUUUUCACCUUUUGAUAGAACACAUGUGCUAUUAUGACCUUUUUAAAGGGUGUAAUGUAGAUUCAGACAGUGUGCGGCUGUUGUCCCAAAGUCGAAUGUGUUGUCUACUGAGCAGUGAGCUACAGGCGGAGGCACAUUUAGUGAACUAAAUAAUGGCCACUGUGAGGCAGACCUCUGGGUCCACUGAAAUAGUAAUAGAAACAGAAAUAUUUCACUGCCGUGUUUCACUUAGAAUUUACUCGUUCACUGGUGGGCCUCUGAUGGGUUGGAUGGAUGGACUGAAUUUUAAGAUGGGGAUGCAUUUUCCCCAAACCAUGUAAAAAAUAAAGCACCAGCUGCAGCUCCAGUGUAAAUUUAGACUAAGUCAAUCCACAAGUUAUCACUUUGACAAGACUGCAAUCGCCACCAAAUCACCGACACCUUGCCUUUAAGUUUGGGCUCAUCUGCUCAUGUCAAAAACAAGGCCUGUGGAUCAUUCCAGGUCUUGACCAGUACUUUAAGAAAGACUGUUUAACUGUAUUUCAAAUAAUAAUUUGACUCCAGUCUGCACUGAAGAGAAAAACGUGAAGCACCUAAACUAAACUUUUUUUAAAAUGCACUUUGUCCACUUGUGAACAUAGUGGACUAAAUCCUGAUUAGGCACCUUAAUCACUUAUUAUACCAUUAAAUGGCUCUGAGAGACCAUCUGUUUUGUAUUACUACAAACUGAACCAGUAUUUUGCCUUUUUUAUCCUCAGUGUGUUUUCAGGAGGAGGAAUCAGUUUAUCCACUUUUCUAAAAAUGUGUUGUUUCAUAGUUGGAUGUUUAUAAGGCUCAAAAAAACUAGAACAAUCACCCACCGCUUUCUUUCGCUAAAUUGCACAAUUUGAGCCCCAUUUUUAAUAUUUUCUCCUUUUGAAAAUGCACACGUGUUAUAUUUGUCGUUGUUUUAUAUUGUUGCUUUAAAUCGUGGGAAUUGUCUCCCAUCUUUCCUUCUCUGCUCCCACAUACCCCUGUCUGACUCUUUAGCCCUCUCCUCCAGGCCACUUUUGUAAAAUGAAUGCCUAGACUCUUGAUGUGCACUUGUCUACAACACAGGGAGACAGACAGACAGACAGACAGACAGGGCUAAAGGGACAUCUUCAAAAGGCUGAAACUGUCUAGAAAUUUUAAACAGACAUUCUUGGAAAAUUCAUUCUCUCUCCUGGAAGGAAUUGUUGUGAUGCCUGAAGAAACAGCACAGCAUUCCCUCUGUGGUCUAUCUACCAAAUAACGCUCCUCUUUCCAACUGUUUCCUUCACGCUUUACGGCUUUAAAUUGACAGGACAAUAGACGGAAAACUGUCUCGACUGCAGCUCUUCACAAAUAGGGGAGAGACUCUGAUGAAGCUUUGCAGAUAAACCUAUGUGCCUACACGGCUCGUAUGCUUGUUUGAACAGAAUUUCACCAACUCUCAACAGAAGAUGAUGAGAGAGAAUCUGUCAAUGCUUUGGAAAUCACAUACUGUUAAUACUGUGUGGCUGAAGCUUGUUCAAACUAAGUUGUGAUGCAUGACUGAGCUCUGCUUUCUGCUGACGCUAAAAGAUGCCAUGAUACUCUGAAGUUGACAUUGGAAACUUCGGUUGUAAGUCCUCAAACGAAUACCUUGGUGUUCUGAAUUUUAUUGUAUUUUUUCACCAGGCACUUGUCAUACUACAUGUUGGCACCUGUAGCUGUCCAAAAAGCAUUUUAAUGAGUAUCUUUGAAACCACUGUUGUCUGCUAGCCUUAUGCUAGCUAGUUUAUAGCUGAGAGCUGAAACCUUGAUACGUUUUGCCAUGAUGUGACAAGUGCCUGGCCAUGAAAGAUAACAAAUUCAAAAUGUUAAGGUGUACCUUUUGUCUAAUACUGCAUGCAAUAACCAAGACGAACAAUUGCUCAUUUUGUAUAUACAAUAUUUUGGGUUGGCAUACUUGGCACAGUAGAAGCCUAAUCUAGGAUUAAUUCUUUGUGUAGCUUUAAUGGUACCAGUUACUUUUCUUUACCAAGUUGACUGCAACUGUUUUCUUUUAAAAUGGUUUUCCAAUUCAUGGACUCUAGAAACAUUUAUUUAAGUCUUGUCGCUGUUAGCUUGGACAGGCUAACUUCAAUUAGCUAGCUUCCCUUUGCUCAGAACUAUGAUAUUGCGGUCAUUCUAUGGCGGCCAUUUGAAAUGGUUACAAAAGAGGACUUCACGUGCAAAAGGGGACUUCACGUGCUAAUUUCUUCACAUGCUAAAAACUGGCUGUCCGCAAUUAGCUUGUUUUAGUCCACAGGUUAGGCUUAUUCCUGCCCCCCCAGGUAUCCAGCCCACAGUCUUUUACAGUGUGCUCUUACUUUACUAUAGUCAGUCUGUUUUGAAUGGUUUUAUAUGUUUCUAUCUAUGAAAACUGUGUCAUUACAACUCUUUCCGGACAUCAGUGGAUUGUUUGUUAACAAGACAGACUCAUACAAUAUGUACAAUAGAGUAGUGCUUUUGAAAUAGAAUCAGUUUUAGAGUUCAGCCAGUGUUGCCCAAGUGGCUUUUUGGUACUUUGGUUUCAAAAAAUAUAGAAUCAGAACUCAGUAGAAACGACAUGCACUUCGUUGAAGGAAUUGCAAAAAACUAAUUUGUGGCUCGACAACUAAGCUGUUUCUAAAGUUAAAUUAAAUGUAACAGAAAAAUGAUUUUAAAUGAAACAAUAUUAAACAAGUGGCCAUUUAGAAGGUAGGGAGAAUCUAAUUAAAGACACAAAUCUGUUGCAUUAUGGGAUAUGUAGGAUCCAGUGUUUUUGGCGUUUGACCCAUUUUUUAAUCUGUCUCUUAUGAGUCACCGAACUUUAUGGAAUGGCAAUACUAAAUCGCUGGAGUACCUCUUCAUGAUUUUCUGAAGCUGCUACUACAGUAACAGAAUUCACCCAUGUUAACAGUUAAUAUUAGGACCAUAUUAGGUGAAUGAGAAGAGUAUUGGUAGAAACACACCCAGCCUGGCUCUACUACAAUAUAACUGCCUAAUAAAUGUAUAAUAUCUUUUUUUUAAAAGCCAUUCUAUUUUAAAUAUUAAUAAUGUAUUUAAAUAGUUUUCCAAGGUUGCUGAGGUGCCAUGUCUGCUCCCUGAGUUGUGAUUUUAUAUUCAAAAUCAUCAUGUAUCCCAGUUAACCUUGUGCAGUAGAGCUAAGAGCUAACAUUGUGAUCUGAGUAGUUUACCUGCUGUCUAUUGUGCACAUAUGUCAUAUCUGUAUCCUUCGCUAUACUUCUGCUAUAGUCCUCACUUGUUUUCUGUACUUAAACCGGUAGUUGGUUGAAUGUUUCUUACAGCAAUCAGAGAUUCAAAUGUUGUCACUAUACAGCUGCCAGCUUUUGUGGGAAAAAAACACAACACCUUGUCAGAAUUGUAUUAUACUAUACCUAAAAAUGGAAUUUUUUUUUUUUACUCAUUUACAUUGGAUUUUUCACCUUCUGGUUUUUAUCUGUUGACAGUUUUUACCCCAAGUUACUGCUUCUAAAGAGCGUGCUUUGCUUUUAAACAUAAAAUGAACACUUUUCUCUUUGUUCCCGCUUCGAUACAACUCAUAUUUCCAGACCUGUUUUACUGAAUGAUGACAGUGAUCUCUCAGCUCUUGUAUUAAGUUACAGUUGGAUCUGUAGACACAGAGCCUGUGGGAAGAAUACAGUGAUCUAACUGUAUACUCUACCUUAAUACAUGGGUAAGUGUUAAUUUAAAGACAACAAAUAUUUACUGUGCCAUUUUAAAUUGUCACCCCUGACAUUAACUGACAUUUGGUCCAUUAGACCCAGUUUUUAAAAAAUAAGCUGCAAUCUCAGUCUUGUAAAAAUCUCCCAUGAACUGAUACGCCUUACCCGGUGCACCUGAUUAAUGACUAUAGGGGAUUCUGACUUACUUGAGGUUGGACUUUUUGCAGCCGAUGCAGGCAAAGAGGAUGUUUCCGCUCAUGACUUAAAACUCCUCAGCCAAACAGUUCAAAGUUGCGUUGUUCUGUGUCUACGGAGCUGACAUUUCCAUCUACACUAAGUUAUUUCUACACUGCCUGUACAUCUGAAAUGUGUUAAAAACUGAGAGUAUCUGUCAUAAACUUUGAUUAAACUUGGUAUGUACUGUAUGUGCGAUCGCCUCUGCAGGCUUGCUUUAGAGAGCUAAAAAUUCCUUUUGCAGCCCCUGCAAUCAUCAGCUUGUAGCUAACAGCUGUGAGGCAGACAAUUUGUGCAAUGUUAAUUUAAAAUCCCAGCUGUUAUUGAGGCUCUGGCUUGAUUUCUAGCUUGAUUUAGAAAAGAUUUAUAUUUUAUACUUGUUUGAGGACAAACCCCAAUAAAUUUUGAUCAAAAGAUCUUGUGAGCAA